UCAGACUAUCACCGCGCUCAGAUCGGCGCAUUAUUCCGGAUCUGCACCUGGACUACACCAGCGCACUGCCUAUUGGAGCACACAUACAUUUGGAGAACUUUGGAUAUACAUAGGCUGUAUUUCCUGCUGUCUGACAUUUAAUUUGCUUUGGAGUACGGGCGGGAUGAGGUGUGCCGAGGUGGCACUCAGACAGAUGAUGGGGAUCCAAACAAGGAGCCUUUAUAUUCCUUCUGAGAAGCUCCUGUAAAAUAACCAGUUAUCAGGACACUGGUGACCCUGAGAGAGUCAGAUUGGAGUUAACAUUGGAGUUGACAAGAUCUCUGCGUUAGAAAUAUAGAGUAGCUCCAUUUUUCCACAAGGACGAUUUUCAUCGCUUAAAACAGACCGAUUGUGUCCGGAGACGCGUGUGCGGACUGCGCGCACCGGUGCGCAAAAAGACCGUCAAUAACCAAGCGCUUCACAGAAACGCGGGUGACUUUGUAGAUCUCCAAAACUUAGGAGUGACCCUACUUCCUACUCACCUGGCCAAUUCACGGCAAGGGGCGGAAUCACUCAGCCAAUCCAGAGCGAGGGGUGGGGCCAUGGGGGUUUUACAAGUGCUGUUAUUGACCAGUCUGCUGGGGCCUGCAACUCUAGCUUUCAGUCGUGCCCCAGUGCCCAUGGCAGUUGUUCGGCGGGAGUUGUCCUGUGAAAGUUACCCCAUUGAGCUGCGCUGUCCUGGCACGGAUGUCAUUAUGAUCGAGAGUUCAAAUUACGGUCGCACGGAUGACAAGAUAUGUGAUGCUGAUCCAGCCCAGAUGGAGAAUACGCGCUGUUAUUUACCUGAUGCGUACAAGAUCAUGAGCCAAAGGUGUAAUAACCGGACGCAGUGUGCUGUAGUGGCUGGACCAGACGCAUUUCCCGACCCCUGUCCUGGAACAUUCAAAUACCUGGAAGUUCAGUACGAAUGCGUUCCAUACAAGGUGGAACAGAAAGGUAAAGAUGUUUUCUUGUGCCCAGGGCUCUUGCAUGGGGUUUAUCAGAGCGAGCAUCUGUUUGAAUCGGAUCACCAGUCUGGUGCUUGGUGUAAAGACCCCCUGCAGGCAUCUGAUAAAAUAUAUUACAUGCCCUGGACACCGUAUCGCACGGACACCCUCACAGAGUACUCCAGCAAAGAGGACUUCAUCGCAGGACGACCCACCACCACCUAUAAACUCCCCCAUCGGGUGGACGGCACAGGCUUUGUUGUUUACGAUGGGGCGCUUUUCUUCAACAAGGAGCGUACAAGGAACAUCGUCAAGUUUGAUUUGCGUACUCGUAUCAAGAGCGGCGAGGCCAUCAUUGCUAGCGCAAAUUAUCAUGAUACGUCUCCGUAUCGCUGGGGUGGAAAGUCAGAUAUUGAUUUGGCGGUGGACGAGAACGGUCUUUGGGUGAUUUAUGCCACAGAACAAAACAACGGACGAAUUGUGAUCAGCCAGUUGAAUCCAUACACACUGCGCGUGGAGGGAACGUGGGACACUGCCUACGACAAACGGUCCGCCUCCAACGCUUUCAUGAUCUGUGGAAUCUUGUACGUUGUGAAGAGCGUUUACGAAGACGAUGAUAGCGAAGCCACCGGGAAUAAAAUCGACUAUAUUUACAACACGGAACUGAGCAAAGAUGGCUACCUCGACAUCCCUUUCCCAAACUCUUACCAGUAUAUUGCUGCUGUGGAUUAUAAUCCCAGAGAUAAUCUACUCUAUGUGUGGAAUAACUACCAUGUGGUCAAAUAUUCCCUGGAUUUUGGAGUGUUAGACAGCAGGCCAGAAUCGUCAUCCUCAGGGUAUGCCUUAAUGGACACUACAACGACACGGACCACAACACGGCCUGUUACCUUUACCAUAACUACCACCUCCACUUCAACCACCACCACCAAAUCACCUGCCACAACGUCGAUGGUCACACGCAGCACUACGUCAGACCCUCAGCCUGCGGGGGGCGCAGUACCUGAGGCAAACACACGGUCGGACCCCUCCUCUGUCCUGCCGAACAUCGCCAUCGAGUACUGUAGCCCCAUCACUGACUCCACCCUCACCUGGCCCAAAACACGGCAGGGGCUCGUCGCCAAGCAACCAUGUCCACCUGGAACCAUCGGAACAGCUGUGUUUGCCUGUCAGGGGCCUGAGGGACUGUGGGACCAGCAGGGGCCCGAUCUCAGCAACUGCACCUCCACAUGGGUCAACAUCAUCAACCAGAAGAUCCGAGCAGGUGAGCCAGCUGCCAUCAUCUCCCGUGAGCUCUCUGAACAGACCAAGGGCCAUAUGCAUGCAGGCGACAUCACCUACACGGUGCGGGCCAUGAGUCAUCUGAUCGACCUGCUGGACGUCCAGCUCAGAAAUCUCACCCCCGGUGGAAAAGACAGCGCCGCCCGAAGCCUCAACAAGCUGCAGAAAAGGGAGCGAUCAUGUCGAUAUUUUGUCCAGGCAAUGGUGGAGACGAUGAAUAACCUGCUGCAGCCGCAGGCACGGACAGCAUGGAUGGAUCUCUCGAUGAGCGAUCAACUCCGGGCUGCCACUAUGCUGCUGGACACCGUAGAGCAGGGUGCCUUUGUUCUUGCCGACAACCUGCUCAAAACCGAUGUUGUACAAGAAAACACAGAAAAUAUACAGCUGGAGGUGGCGAGGAUGAGCACAGACGGAAAUCUUCCCGAUCUGAGGUUUCCUCAGACUGGAGGCCAAGGCAACUCCAUUCACCUGUCAGCAAACACCCUCAAACAGCAUGGGAGAAAUGGUGAGAUUCGGAUGGCGUUUGUCCUGUAUAAGCAUCUGGGUUCAUACCUGACAACAGAAAAUGCCAGCAUGAAGUUCAGCACCGAGACGUUAAACACGAACUACUCGGUCAUCGUCAAUUCAGCCAUUAUAACGGCGGCAAUCAACAAAGACAGCAACAAAGUUUAUCUGUCGGACCCUGUCAUAUUCACCGUACGACACAUUCAGCAGUCUGAAGAGAAUUUCAACCCCAAUUGUUCGUUCUGGAGUUACUCGAAGCGCAGUAUGAUGGGUUUCUGGUCCACACAGGACUGCAGACUGCUUGGAACCAACCGGACUCAUACCACCUGCUCAUGCACACACCUGACAAACUUCGCUGUGCUCAUGGCACAUGUGGACGUGAAGACGGCAGACCCUGUUCAUGAUCUGUUAUUGGAUGUCAUCACAUGGGUGGGCAUCUUGCUCUCCUUGGUGUGCCUGCUCGUCUGUAUCUUCACCUUCUGUUUCUUCCGCGGCCUCCAGAGUGACAGGAACACCAUCCACAAGAACCUCUGCAUCUCGCUCUUCAUCGCUGAAACCCUCUUCCUCACCGGCAUCAACCGCGCAGACCAGCCUAUUGCCUGCGCUGUGUUUGCGGCACUCCUGCAUUUCUUCUUCCUGUCUGCAUUCACGUGGAUGUUUCUGGAAGGCGUGCAGCUGUAUAUCAUGCUGGUGGAGGUGUUUGAGAGUGAACACUCGCGCCGCAGAUACUUCUAUCUGGCCGGAUACGGCAUUCCUGCACUCAUAGUGGCCGUUUCUGCUGCAGUAGAUUACCGCAGCUAUGGAACUGACAGUGUGUGCUGGUUGCGGUUGGACACUUAUUUCAUCUGGAGUUUUAUAGGUCCUGCCACACUCAUCAUCAUGCUGAAUGUGAUCUUCCUGGGAAUCGCUCUCUACAAGAUGUUUCACCACACCGCUAUCCUGAAGCCAGACUCCGGUUGCCUUGACAACAUCAAAUCGUGGGUAAUUGGAGCCAUAGCAUUGCUCUGUUUACUGGGUCUGACCUGGGCAUUCGGGCUGAUGUAUGUAAACGAGAGCACCGUGAUCAUGGCGUACCUCUUUACCAUCUUUAACUCCCUUCAGGGCAUGUUUAUCUUCAUAUUUCACUGCGUCCUGCAGAAGAAGGUACGGAAAGAAUAUGGGAAGUGCCUUCGGACUCACUGCUACAGUGGGAAGAGUGUGGACUCUUCUAUGGGUUCAGGGAAAAGUUCAUCAUCCCGCGGUCCUGGACGAUAUUCUUCAGCCUCACAGAGCCGAAUCCGCCGGAUGUGGAACGACACGGUGAGGAAGCAGACAGAAUCAUCAUUCAUAACGGGAGACAUCAACAGCUCGGCUACACUCAACAGAGGUGCCAUGGCCAAUCACAUCAUCCCAAACUCUCUGCUGCGCACGCACGCCUCUAACAACCCCUAUAACACCUUACUGGGCGAAUCUGCUGUCUAUAACAACCCCACCCUCAGCAUGUACAAUGCUCAAGAGCCCUACAGAGAGACAAAGGGAGUCCUGAACAAUGCUCGGGAUACAAGUGCCAUGGAUACUCUACCACUGAAUGGUAACCAUGGCAACAGCUACAGCUUGGCCAGUGCCGACUACUUGAGUGACUGCGUGCAAAUCAUUGACCGCACGUACAACGUACACAAAGAGACUACACUGGAGAAGCGAAUUCUCAAAGAGCUCACCUCCAAUUACCUGCCCACCUACCAGAACAACCACGACCGAACGGCCGAACAUGGACGCAACCUGAUGAACAAGUUAGUUAACGAAGUCAGCAAUGGUGGCGGGGUUAAAGACUCGACCAUGUUGCCCGUUAAUCUUGUGUUGGGCCUGGACGACUCACCAUCUUUUCCAACUGAGGAUAGCCUUGGUCUGGAGCUAAUCAGGGAAGAGUCUAAUGCACCCUUGCUUCCACCACCACGCCCUGUAAACCACACCCAGCCACAACCCAUGUCGUUUAGCUCCACCUCCUCAUCCCGUCGACGCCUUCCGCAAGAAAACAGUGAGAGUUUCUUCCCUCUAUUGACGGAAGAGCAAACAGAAGACACUUCAUCACCCCAGAGAGACUCGCUCUACACCAGCAUGCCCACGCUGCCUGAUCCUGACCGCAACGACAUGCAUUCGCUGCCUCACAGUGGUGACAUGCACACUCUCCCAAGGAGCGGGGAGCCUGAUGACGUGUACUAUAAGAGCAUGCCCAACCUGGGCUCACGCAACCAGCUGCACUCAUACUACCAGCUUGGUCGUGGCAGCAGCGAUGGCUUUAUUGUCCUGCCCAAAGAUGAACUUUUGCCCGAAGAGAUGCCGCAGGAGCCCUCACAUCUGGUCACCAGCCUAUAGAGGAUGAUAUAGAACAUGCACACCAACCCUCAUGCAUUAUGCUUAUGCCCAGCUCUAUUCAUCCUCCUGGCUAUACCCAUACACCCUCCUUUGAGUGCUCUUCUGCGUUUCUGUACCGUUCGUCAUCCGUUGUCGUUCAAUUUUUGUUUUUUACAUUUCUGCAGAGAAAUGAACUGCAACAAACAAUACAACCUUGGGAGGUGAUUUUGUAUUCUCUUCGGUAGAGGAUUAUAGGUAACUCUCGAGGAAUUUGAGAGUUGACAUUCUUUUCGGUCUUAUUGGUUGUGCACUUCUACUUACAGGGAAAUGGACCCAAAGAUGGAUUUACUGUUUGACCUUCUGGGAUGUAUGAGAAUCCAAAAUGUGUUUUGACUCUCAGCAACCCCAAAGGAAUAUGAAUAAUCACCAGAAACAUUGAUAGUAGCACAGUGUGGCUAGUCAACACCGAUUGAGUGACUCAAACUAUUUUAAUACCUUCUGUAUCCACGUUUGCAUUUUAAUUUUUGUUUCUUAUGAUAUGGUGAACAGCAGCACAUUUUGUUGCAAUAGUCCUGCAAAAGUGAAGCAAAACUGACUUAGAACAGUCUAUAGAAGGACGAUUUCACCACACAUGCUCUAGAGACUCCUUUCUUUUUUGCUGUAUUAAUAACAAAUAUUAAAAUGAGGGGAAAACUAAUACCGAAGAAUUCUAAGAUAUUUCUAUGUAAAUGUACAGACACUAGCGUUACACAGGAUAGUCCUUAUUCUGUUCCUAUGCUCUCCGCUUCCGUAACCAUGGUGAUUUUGGAUCAUUUCCAUUCUUGUCCUUAGCAACAGGUUUCAGUCCAUUAUUUAAGAUAUUGUUUUCUUUCACAUCUUCAUUUCAAUAUGAACAAUGGCAAGUAACAAAAAUGACAAAGACAAAAAAAGAAUCAUUAUUUUUCCUUGUUGUAUUUGAUUUAGUGUUCCCAUUGAUUCAAGUUUGUAGAUAAAAUAUUAAUUGAAGCCCAAUAUUGAAAACAUAUUGUCAGUUUUGGAGAGAUAGUUUAAGCAAAUAACAUUUGCCAAACACUUUCUAAGGUCUUUGUCGUUCAGAGAGUGAGUCUGGCAGGGAUGCACACAAGGAACUUGUAUAAUUUAUCUGCAGUGUUUUACUUAUUAAACACCCACAUUUAGAAUGAGUGAAUACCUUGUUUUUGCCUUAUUUCUUUUCCAGAGGAGAAUGAAUGGUUAUUUAUUUCACUGAAGAAAAAAGAUGAAAGUACAUGCUAUUCUGCAAAAUGUCUGGAAGUAAAAUGUAUGCCGCACAUAUAGUUUUUUAUCAUUUCAUACAUUAUGAUUAUAGAUUUUAUUUAUAUAAUUUUUGUUAUUUUUCCCUGUGGCUGAAUGAUCUCUCACAAAUAUUUGUUGUACCAGUGAAACUUGUUUGCCAACAAAUAAAUGACUGACAAAAAGUAAA